GACGCGACAGAUGCUUUUACAAAUAAACAUGGCGUUUAAAUGCUGUCACAAAUUGUUGAAAAUAAAAACUUGCCAAUAAUGGACACAUGCCCAACUAUAUCAAUUCGCACACCGUGAACUUAUGUCUCUCUCAAUCGAAACUUGCUACGCACAUUUUGUUGGUUAUGUUACCAUCGAAUGAACACAAUGAAUUCGGCCGAAGAUUUACCAUCAAAUAUCAUAAAUGACUGCUCGGAUAAUGAAAGCACACCUGCUCCUGAUCCAAAUGCUAAUCUGAGAGACACCAGUCGCGGUGCCAUCCCGAAGAAAACAAAGUCUCUGCCUACAGGCUCCACAAAGCCAAUGAAGUCUGUGUCAUCUGCAUCAUCAACAUCCAAGAAAAACAUCAAACUAAACAACAACAUUGAGAACAUGUCAACACUAAAUACUACUGCUGAUGAAGUCCCCAAAGUUAAUGGUGUUACCAGCAAUGGCCUAUGCACAAAUCAUUACUUGAAUGAUUUGUUGGAGCCUUCUUGUUCAAGUAGAGAUGUUUAUUGCAAAUUUGAUGUGCAUGAAAGAGAUACAGCAAGUGAUAGUGAUGCAGUUGACAAUGAUAGUGAUGCUGAUACUGAACUGUUGUCAGUCUCAGAGGAUGGUUGUAUUUAUACUUAUAAAGGUGAUAAUAAUGCAGACCUUCCAAGUUCAUUCUUUGAUAUACCACCAGAGAUUCCUGAAAAUCAACAAGACCAACCUGCUGUUGAAGAGGUGGUGAACAGGCAGGAUGCUUCAAGUCCAGAAAUGGACUAUCUGGAGAUGGAUUUUGAUCCUUCUAAUAAUGGUGAUGGAGAUUCUGCCUCAGAAAAUGAGAUGCCAAUGCAAGAGGAAGAAGAGGAAGCCAGUCCACACAAUGAAGAAGAAACUGCAAAUAAUUUACAAGAUGUAGAAGAAAGUCAAGCAAGUACAAGCGGAUUAAAUAAUGUUAACCCAACUGGAAGUUUUAAUGCUGUAAAUGUUGGUGAUGCAAGUCCGCUGCAGGAAAUUGCAGCAAAUGUUGAAAGAUGGGUUGAAAAUAAUGCUUCAGUACCACUUCCAGUGGCUCCUGUGAUGACACCUGAUGAAGGCAAAGUAAUGCCCUGGUCUUGUACGCUCGCACAACGCACGAAAUCGAAAUAUUUGCGUUAUACGAAACGCGUGCAUUGCUCGCGCGGCGAAUUAAUAUCACCCAGUGAGGUGCCAUCUACAUCUUUUAAGAUUGUUAUGGUCCGCCCGGAAUCAUUGGAGGAACCUGCUAUGAUUUGGUCUCGUGAGGAAGCCAAUCUCAAGCAGGUAACGCAGAUUGGUCCGUCAUCAUGUGGCGCAACAGCUGUUUUAAACGUAUUGAACGCGCUGCGGUUUCCGGUGCCUUCUUUGGAGAAGCUCCGUGAGUUCGUGACGACGCGCAUGCGAGAAAAUAACAGCCCACUGACUAAAUAUCUGAUGUCGCGCAGUCGAGCUGGCUCGACGCAUAAAGAUCUCAUCGAUGGUUUGCAUGAGAUCUCUAAUGGUACAAUUUACGCGCGAUUUUUUCAUAUGUAUCCUGAGCGCGUGGUGAAUCUGUACAAAUGGCUGGGUUUUUGGAUUACGAAUGGUGCUGUGCCCAUUGCCACGUUAAACCUGCAGAAAUGCGUAGGAACAAUUCCGGAUGCUUGGCAUCAUCAGAUGAUUUACGGCGUUGAUUCAAUCGGAAUUCAUCUGACGAAUCCGAUGGAGCAUGUGGAGGCGGGUUUGUUAUGGCCGCAGCUUUGUUCUGAAUCUGUUUUGAUGGUUCGGCGGAGUGAUGUGCUUUCACGAUGGAAUUUCAAUACGGAUUUGCCGGAUCUGAUGCGAAUCAACGAUGUCCGAUGGCAGCGAUUAAAUGUUGUUGGUCAAGUAGCGAAUGUUGUCCACGAGAACAGUCGUGAACUACGGCAGGGAUUCACAAACACGUCGCAUAUUCGCAUUCCUGCCGCGUACUCAUCGGGAAUAACUUUAGCCACGUCGGUUAAUUCACCGGCGUACGCCCUACUGAAGCAGGCGCCCGAACUGCCACUUCUCGGCACGCAGGACGCCGCUUCCAAUUAGCGGUUUGUGUUUCGAUUCAUAAUUUAGUUGUACAUUUGUAAAUAUCCCAGACGUUUAAUUAAUUUUUACGCUUCUACGAGCUAGUAGAAUAGAAUUGACAAUUAUUUGUAACAAAUAGAAUCUAAAACGCGUUUCGAUUUUACGUUGAACUGGAAGUGCGUACGAUUAAAAAACUGAAUAAGAAAAAUGUGAUAACUAUUUUGUAGCAUCUGGUCAUCGUUGUUUUUGGGCAAAAUUUAGCGGAAGAAAAAAAGAAGUUAGCAUAUUAUUGUAAUAUGAAUGUGCCAUUUUUCGUUGUGUAUUCAGAUCCAGGUAAACAAGAGCACCAAAGAAGCGGAAACGUCAAUGAUGACAUCACAUACACACACACACUGGCAGAAACAUAUUUAGACAAUAUAUACUCUUAUUGCAAAGUAAUUGUAAGCAGAAUGUGGGAAACAAGUAAACAUUAAUUAUUCAUAUGCUGCCCGGAAAAUGAACCUUUAUGAGGGUAGCGGUUCAAGCGCGACCCAUUAUGUUGCCUACGCCGCCAACGAGGGCUCUAUAUUUAUUACAUACUAAUAUUCAUUCAUUACAAACCAAACUGUUUGCUGGGAAUAUGUAUGGGAAGUUAUGUCACUUUACUUUUCGAAUGGAAUGCGCUAAUGUACGCAUCAUUACACUCUUUUCAUUGUAUUACCAUAAUAUGACAACUUAUGUACGAACAAUGUAUCGGUUUUUAAUGUAAAUACGCAAACGAAUAUUUAUCUCGAGAAUUACAGAAUUAUUUAAACUGGUAA